CGACCGUGGGCAUCGGAAUCAGUUUUUUUUAAAGGUUUUUCUUUUCGUGUUCUGGCGAUAACUUUUCAUCGGUAUUGAUGGGUGAGCGAAUGGAGAAGAAAUUCACUUGGGUUUUGAAAAAGUUCUCUUCUUUGCGAGAUGAGAGAUGCUACUCUCGCCCUUUCGCCGUCGCUGGCUGCAAUUGGCGCCUUGUUGCUUAUCGGAAGGGAAAUACGAAUGACGGUCACUUGGCCUUGUAUCUGGAACUUGCUGAUCCUGCGUCUUUGCCACCGGGAUGGUCAAGAGACGUUAGAUUUAGCCUCACUCUUGUGACUAAGGGUUGGGGCAAAUCCAACAAAGUAUUGGAAGGGCAACGCUGUUUCACUGCAAAGAAUUACGGCUGGGGUUUCAUUGAUUUCGUGUCCCUUACCAAACUUCAUGCCAAGGAUGAAGGAUUUCUCGUGAAUAACAAACUCAUUAUCAUCACUGAACUUCACGUUCUUCCAGCUGUUGUUGUACCAGAGGAAACUGUGAAAAUCAUUGAACUUCCGAGAAACAAAGAAGGAAAUCAAGCUUCUGAUGCACCUGAUGGCAAAUCUCAGGCGCAAAAAACUGAGAAUGCAUCUGAAGAAAAUUUAGAAGAUGAUAACGCAUCUGAAGAGGGUUUAGAUGAUGAUGAUGAUGAUGAUGAUGAUGAUGAUGAUGAUGAUGACGACGCCGCAUCUGAAGAAGGUUCGGAUGAUGAUGGUUCUUGUGAAGAGAAUGUGGAUAAUGAUGAUGCUUCAUCUCCUGUUUCAGAUGAUGGAGGUAGGUACGUAAGUCUUUUGAACCAAUCAAAUCCCUUGAAGGAUGGAUCUUGUACAGUAGGAAAUCAUGGUUUAAGGUCUAACACUGAGGCAUCUGAGACUGAGGUUUCCAACGGUGAAAGUGAUGAUGCACCUAAAGAAGAUGUUGAUGAUGAGGAUUCUUAUCCUGGUUCGAAUGGUAGUGCCCGAAAGGGGAGUUCUCUAGACCAAGUGAAGUCCUUGGAAGUUGCCUCUCAGACUCAGACAGUAGAAAAUGUUACUGAGACUGCUAAUAGUUUGCUCACUGAGAUUCAACCAGCGAAGGAAACUAUAGAUGUCAAUGGGUUUAACGUUUUUUCUUCUCAGGCAGAGUGGGUGAGCCAUAUCUUCAAAAGACACCCGGACAUAGCGUUAGGAUUCCGUCCAAAGAACCAACAGAUCAGAAGAGCUUACAUGAAUGAACUCCUUCGCCUCAUCGAGGCGCUGUGCCAGUCACCAGAGAAGCUCUCCGAAGAUGAUCUGAGCAAUGCUGAUGACACACUAGUCGAUCUGAUUGAUGUCGGCUUUAAAUUGGAUUGGCUGAAGACAAAGCUGAAGGAGGUUUCUGAAAAGAAGAAGAAGGAACAGAGUAGUGGGGCUCUGCUACGAACAAUGGAGGAACAAUUACAGAAGCUGAAGCUGAUGUUCUUGGAUCUUGAAACUCAGCUGCAGAAUGAAAAAAUGGAGUCUUUGGCUGCUAGAGCUCCUCUCUCAUUCAACGAUGUUAUGUGCUGAUUUGCGAGGAUUCUUGUAGAACUGUAGGUAAUUUUUUUGUCUUUUGAUGUCUCUGAACAAGUCUCAUGUCUCAAGUUCAUAUUCGGAGUCUUUUGUCGAAUGGGACUGAGUAGUGAAUU